CCCGCAGAGGAGGGCGGGCCGCUCCGCGGAGAGCGCGCGGCCGCGUCACGUCAGGGCCAAGGGCGGCCCUGUUGCCCUGACUACGGUUUCCCAGUUCCUUGCCGCAAUCUCCGCCAGGCCUUCAUCACGAGAUACACUAGGCCAAGAAGUCCCGGCGAUGGCUUUGUCCACCCGUCCGUCCGUUUCUACGGCCAACGGGGUGCCUGAGACUGAGAAGACCUCAAGGGAGUCAGACAACACCUAUAUUCUGCGGCCCAUUUUCCAGCAAAGGUUCAGACCCUCUGUGGUUAAAGACUGUAUCCAUGCUGUGCUCAAGGAAGAACUGGCAAACGCUGAAUACUCUCCAGAAGACAUGCCUCAGCUCACAAAACAUUUAUCAGAAAAUAUUAAAGAUAAAUUAAAAGAAAUGGGAUUUGACCGAUAUAAAAUGGUGGUGCAAGUAAUGAUUGGAGAACAAAGAGGUGAAGGAGUAUUCAUGGCUGCUCGCUGUUUCUGGGAUGCUGACACUGACAACUAUACCCAUGAUGUUUUCAUGAAUGACAGUUUGUUCUGUGUUGUAGCAGCAUUUGGCUGUUUCUACUAUUGAAUCUUUGAAAGCUGGGAAAGGAUAUGAUCAUGAAGAAAUAUGAACAACUUUUUUAUAUUGUUAAAUAUCUUGACAAAAUAAAGAUAAUUUGGCAGCAUGGCAACCAAGUCUGUUGAGUUUUAGGCCUUAUAUUUUAAUGUUUUGAUUUUGUUAUAGUAUGUUCUUAUUACAUUUGGAAAGUAGAGGAAAAACUAGGGGAAAAUCCUUAAUUAAAUUGUUCUACAUAACUAAAUGUUUUGGUAUAUUUUCUACCAGUGUUUUUUUAUUUGCAGGGUUUAAAAGAA